GGUGCCCCUCACUCCCGACCCGCAGCCCCCUGCUAGCCCAGCCCUGAAAUCUUACCCCCCCAAACUCCCCCCACCACCGAAGUGCUGAUCUGUGUCUAUUUCUGCCCCCCCAGGUGAACCCCAUCAGCCACCAUCAUGUCUGACGCAGAAGAGGUGGAGUACGAGGAGGAGCAGCAUGAAGAAGAGGAACUGGCUGAGCAGGCCGAGGAGGAGGAAGUGUCUGAGGAACCCCAGCCGGCCGCAGACCCAGAAGAGGAGCGUCCCAAACCCAGCAGGCCGGUGGUUCCCCAGCUGGCCCCCCCGAAGAUCCCCGAUGGGGAGAGAGUGGACUUUGAUGUGAGUAUCCUAAGAAAGAUCCUGCCGGGCUGCAGGGGGCGGGGCGGGGGCUCGGUGGAUUGUGGGUACCGGGGAGGGUGCCAGGCGGAUUGUGGGUGUGGCAGGCAGGGAAGCGGAUCGUGGGUUCCAGGGAAGAGGUGGGGCCGGCCGGGGGGCGCUGUGGGUGGCCGGCCAUGCUCUGACCCGUUCCCGGGCCCCUGGCAGGAGCGCCGCCGAGCGGAACGGAACGAGCAGGUGCGGUUCCGGACCGAGAAGGAGCGGGAACGCCAGGCCAAGCUAGCGGAAGAGAAGCUGCGCAAGGAGGAGGAGGAGGCCAAGAAACGGGCCGAAGACGACGCCAAGAAGAAGAAGGUUCUGUCCACCAUGCCGCAUUUCGGUGGCUAUCUGGUCAAGGCCGAGCAGAAACGGGGCAAGCGGCAGACGGGGCGGGAGAUGAAGAACCGGAUCUUGGCCGAGCGACGGAAGCCCCUAAACAUCGAUAGCAUGCGGGAGGAUGAGCUGAGGGAGAAGGCCAAGGAGCUGCACGACUGGAUCCACCAGCUGGAGUCGGAGAAGUUUGACCUCAUGGAGAAACUCAAGCGCCAGAAAUACGAGAUUAACAUCCUCUACAACAGCAUCAGCCAUGCCCAGAAAUUCAAGAAGGGGGCCCCCAAGGCCCGCCUGGGCGGCCGCUGGAAAUGA